AUGCUGGACAACAAGGAACGAUCGCGUCGGGCAUCUCAGCCUUUCAUUCGAGUUGUCUCGUCAAAUCACACUCCAUUAAUACGGUCGUCAAGCUUUUUGCUUAAUGGUUUUAAAGCCUGGCGUCCAAAUACAAAACAAACGACGAGCGAAGCAACUCGAGCAGAAGAACGACGAGUUCUGUCCAUACCAACUCAAGAGAAUGUCAGAGAAGAAGAAAUUAGUCAGAGCGAAUGUAGUAGGAAAACGUCGCUUCAUUUGUGGAAGCGACUUAUUCCUCAGCCCAAAAACGAUGUGAGUCAAGUAGCUGUCAUGUAUUCCAUCUCGUUCUAUCCGUGGAAAAUGGAACCACACUGCUAUUAUUCCCACCCAGAAGCAGCAGCAAAUUGGGUACCCGAUACAGCAAGUUCACGGUGUCAAAUCUGUCUUAUUUCAUUCACACUUACACGUCGACGACACCAUUGUCGAUUAUGUGGUCAUCUUGUGUGUGCCAAUUGCUCGCAUGAUCGUACAUAUCUUCCUCUUGCCGGUUCAGCUCCAAGCCAACAUCGACUAAUUAAAGACGGAGCACCUCAAAGAACUUGUGGUGCUUGCGCAAGUACACUGCGCAACAUGGCAGCGCAAGACGAUCCUCGAGUCAAGCGAUUUACAGUUGCUAUAUCAUCAAAAGGUCGACAGGAAGCUACUGAGUCAUCGACUUCCCCGGUCGAAGUCGAGAUUGAAUGUCCUUCGUUAUGGAUGCGACGUACAGGAUUGGGACUUACAGAUUAUGACAUCGAGGAUGAAGAGUUUUGUAUCGAAUCUACUAAGUCAUUGCAGCUUGAGAAAAGUUUGAAUGGAAGUGCACUUCACUUUCCUCUUCGUUUGUCGGUCACAAGAGCUGAAGAACUUGAUGAAGUUUUAAACGCGCGAGCGUGCUCCCAAUUAAAAUCAGCCUUGGAUCAAGAUGAACAAUCUAGCAGCAGGCACUUUGUUAUGAGCUCGGCGUGGCUUAAUCAAUGGUUACAAUAUGUUCGUGUGAUUUCUACGGAUGCGGAAGUUCAUCCACCACGCAUUGGACCUGAAACGCGUCAAAGCAAAAAGUAUCGACUCGCAAGACCUCCCCGCCCGGGACCUGUCACGAACUACGCAUUGCUCGACUUUGUGAAUGGUGAAUUGGUACCAAAGCGCACUUUGCGACGAAGCAGAGCAAGUCACAAAAAAGGCGACUAUCAUGUUGUUAGUCAGGAAGUAUGGUUAACUUUUUUGACAAUAUAUGGUGGAGGGCCGAGUAUUCAAGCGCCGAUACAAGAAAGUAUCGAUUACCUGACGCCAAAUGCUUAUUCUGGUCGAUCAUCCUCACGCCCACGAUGGAUUAUCACAGAACAGGAUGAUUCAGUCCCAGCACUCGCGAGUUCUAAAAAUGAAUCAAGAUCGGAGUCUACAUUUUACCAGACUGAGCCUAAACCCAUUCAUAGUUGCUCGGGCCGUUCAAUUGAUCGUUCGGCCUCGGCAAGUUGCUUGCUCUCCGCAGAUUCUACACCUAUAGGAGCAAAGCACCUAACGAGCCAGUGCUUUAAUAAUGACGAAUCUCUCCGAUCAAGCGCAUCAAGUCAUUGGAAACUGAAAAAAGAGAACUCCCGAACUCCGUCGAAGUAUGAGGGAGCAUUUCAAGGGGCGACAAUAGUCAGGACGACGAGUCCCUUGGUUUGA